AUGAAGAGGAACAACGCUUUCCUUGUCAAAGAGUUUUCAAAUAGAAAUCGGAUGGUUCCGAUCUGUAAAGAACCUAAUAAUUUCUACAACGUUAACUCCUUCAAACACUCUGGGUUAGCUAAUGCAAAGACAGUUCCAAUUCAAGCUGGAAAUGAUUCAGGUUUUGUUGCAUCUCAUUGUUCACAGGCAUAUAGGUAUCAGGUCCAGUCGUGGUUGCCGACGGAAGGGAAGGGGUUGCUACGAACCUGUUCUAUGAACCCACAGGAACCUGAAAUCUCGGGAAACAUUUUUGACAAACUGGAAGCGUCAUACAACUUAAAGGGUAACUUGCCUGUCAAUAUAUUACCAGUAACUUAUCCGAGCCAAAGUCAUACACAAGCCUUCAGCACACAUGAUGAUUUUCCCAAGACUGUUACGAGGAAAUUUAGUCAGGGAUCAUCUCCCACGAGCAUGGAUUUUCAUCCCAUUCAACAAACUCAGCUUGUUUGA